GACUGGUUCGAUAAACAACAGGAUAAUACGUGCUUGCUUUCAUGUGCUGAGAACAACCAGUCAAUAUGCGACAAGUACGCACAUAGUACAUGUAUUACGCUAAAUUAAGCGGAUACUGACAAGGAUAUUGUAAACUAUUUGAAGCUUACUAUCGCUAUAUUACAGUCAUACAAUAGAGUCGUGCAAUAUAUAUAACCAUGCAAUUUCAAUUUUGCAGCUAGGCGUUUUUUUUACACAGGUUUAUGUUUAUAUAACAAUUUGCAGAAGAAAGGCAAUCGGAUUGAAUUCUAUGAGAGGAAAAAAAUACUUGUUAAGUCAUUGUAUUACAUUAACUCUUGAAACCAGUUAUCGUACUGAAUGAACUUCGUUUAUUACAAGUCAAUACUGUGACGACGUAUUUGAAGCAGGAAAAUGGUUGGAGUUGUUACGUUUGAAACUGUGAACUGUUCGAAGAUCUGUUUUAAAUGACACACAUACAUAUGCGAGUAAAUUAUGGUGCUUUUAUACUCAGUUAUGUGUAAACGUAUGCAGAACAUACAUAUAAUAUUACCAAACAAUAUUUCAAAACGAAUUUACAAUGCAAGUCUCGUGUUAAUUUGCUUCGAAUAGAUAUGACACAUAUUAUUACGAUAAUUAUAUUAUAACGCUUAUUCGGAAAUACUCUGUAGAGAUGUAUGGAGUAUUGAACCAGUCAAUGAACUGCCAUGGGAACACAUAUGUUCCCACAUCAGCAGACAAACUAAAGUGCUCAAUCAUCGUUAUUGUCAUGAUACUGAUCAUCGCCGGAAACGUCUGCUGCCUGGUAGUUUUCAACCACCCAGACACCCGAAAGCUGUUCAUGAAGCGCGUACGCUAUAUAAUGACGUCAUUGUGUUGCACGGACCUCGGUAUCGGAGCCCUGGUGUGUCCCUCCACAAUCUAUCCAGCGCUGUACCAUUGUUGGCCGCCAGGGAACACUAUGUGCCAGAUCGAGGCGCUUCUCAUAUCCGCUCUUUUCCACGAGUCGACCUUGAACAUGGUCGUUAUCGCCAUCGACCGCUACUGCGUCGUCCACUUCCGUUGGUACAACACGUACAUGAACUCUCGCCGCUUCCUAUUUGUCAUCCUUGCGACCUGGGUCGGCGUGUUUAGCUGCUAUGCACUGGUCAUUUUUGCUGGGAAGCAGUAUUACUACGACGAGUUCGGCAUAAACUGCGAGCCGUUCUACGAGAACGCGACGUUGACGCUGACCGUGCUUAGCAUCUUCUUCUUCCUGCCCACUGUCAUAUUUGUCUUCUGCUAUGUGUCCAUUUAUGUGACGGCAAACCGGAGAAAGGUUUUCACCGUCUCGUCUGAUGACAAGUAUGGGCGGAUGGUCAACGCGAACAUCAGGACGUCCAAAUACCUAGCGGCAAUCACGGCCGGCUUCUUCCUGACGAUAGCCCCGUGGACGCUGAUGACGCUAAUCAUAGUGGCCGCUAAAAUCAGCAUCGACCACGACAUUGACUACGCGAUCACAUGGCUCACGCUUAGCAACAGCUUCUGCAACUGUCUUAUAUACGGCAUCAUGAACAGGAAGUUCAGGCGAGCAGCAUUGCGGGUGUUCCUGGGGCGGUUGAUGAAGUCUCUGAACGUUUGGUCGACGGAAAAGUCGGUAGACAAGUCCACAGACGACAUUGAGGGUAACUCGUCUACGUAUUAUAAGUACAAGCUCCGGACAAUGAACAAGAAGACUUGCAUACAGGGUGUGGGAAGCAAUGCUAGCACCAGCCCCACGCACACCCCGUUGCCGUCGCCUUCAGGUACGCCGUUUGUUUAGCGAAAGGCGAUGGAAGACAAACCGAAACGCAUUGACAAUAAAUCACUUGUUUUGAGCAUAAGACAUGUGAAUACAAACUCCACAGAGACAACGGUCAUGUAGCUGGCGUGCCUUAUUUGGCUUUAGAAAUUCUUUACUAAAGAAUUUUUGUAAAUAAUCUAGAUAUGUCCACAUGUACCUGCAGCUGAUGCCAUGUGUAAAUACAAAACAUACGCCCCGGCGAGUCCAUGCAUAUGCAAUCACAUAAUCAUUAAGUAUGAAUCUCAAGUAUACAAUCGAUAAACGAUCAGGCUGUCCGGUAAGCGCAGUGGUUGGUACACGCGCCUCUGACCUACGCGAACCGGGUUCAAUUCCCAUAAGCUGCCCAUAUGAGCUUGGUUGGUCAUCAUACCAGGCAGAUGGGUUGUUCUUGGGUUACUCUGGUUUACUCGCACAGCGCAAGGCCAUUGCAAAAAGCCAAUGCCUUUCAUUAAAAAAUAGCUGGAAAUUGC